AUGCAGCCCGCGGUUGAGAGAUGUCCGUCCGUCGUCGAGGAGUCACACCCCUCAGAGUCGAGUGGAGAAGACGAUGGAACCCUCGACACUACUAGUCCUUCGCCGAGAAAACGGAAGAGAGAUGAGAACACGACACCAUCAUGUGAGCUGUGCAAGGCCCGCAAGGUGAAAUGCGACCGCGCUAAGCCCGCGUGUUCGUGGUGCGCACGACGCAACCGCAUCUGCGUCUACCUCGAGCGACAGAAGCCCGGGAGUCGCGCCACCUUCGGGCUGGAGCUGGAGGCACAGGCCAGCAGAACACAGUCUCGGCUUGAGGAGCUGGAGCGACGGUUUGAUGAGCACCUGGCUGCCGGCCGGUGCGAUGAUACUACGGCUCGCCCGGCCUCACCGCCGCCAAGCCAUCGGACACCAUCUAUCCGUGCCUAUGGUGGUGAACAUGCGAGCCACCGCGGUGUACUGGCCUACGACCAAAGCUCUUCCAUAGCUCAGUCUCACAGCGCUACCCCCGUAUCAAACCCGUACCCGAGCUUAGGGCCCGGGAGCGAGAGGGACGCCUAUGGCAUGCGCGCAAAUACGCAGUCACAUUCCGGAUAUCCAUCCAUCAUACAAGACUGUUCGGCGUCGAAUAGGUUGGGGACUCCACACGCCGAACAAACUUCGUCAGUCCUGGUAGUUGACGAUCUUCCUCCACAAGACAUGCUUUACACUCUCACAGAUCUCUACUUUAAGCAUUGUAAUACGUGGUGCCCGAUCCUGGAGCGCAAGACAGUCUUCAGCGUUUUUGAUACCUACCCACGCAUCUCGGAAGAAGACAGAGUCCUCCUCCAUGCCAUCGUGGCAACGACGCUGCGAUUCUUCCGUGAUGCCCGCAUGGGCCCAGAGGCUAAGAUCCGGCAAUACGCCAUCUCCAAAAGGGCAGUGCAGAUGCAUUCCCUCGAGCAUCUCACCGUGCCUGCGCUGAGGGCUCUCGUCGUCCUCUGCCUCGACAUCUUCGGCACCCAGAACGGUCCUUGUGGAGGGGUGCUCAUGGCUUCGUUGUCCGAGUCGGUUAAGCAACUAGGCUUAUGCGAUGAAACGAGCGUAUUUUUGGCUUGCGAGAGUUCUGAGGACGAUACGACUCGCUCUGGACUGGUUUUCAAGUUGACCACCGCCCAGCCUGGAUCGUUCAUAGAGGAUGAAGGGCGACGCAGGCUUUGCUGGAUGGUCUACAUCCUAGAUAAAUAUGCAACCGUGGCAGCGGCCAUCACUCCCGACUUUACUUUUGCCGAUCACCACAUGAGAAGAGUUCUUCCCUGCUCGUACGACUUAUUCUCCCGAGACAUACCGGUCGAGACGCACUGGUUCGGCUCACCAGGGGAUCUAGACGGCGAAACGAGACUGUCGAUGAUUAACAAAUCCGAGAAUCUAGGCAGCUUCUCCUAUCACUGCGAGGUCGUCAGGAUCCUUAGCAGAGCACAUGAUUUUGCCACUACUCCAUUGGAUAUCUACUCACCCUCCGAGACUGCCAACUGGCGCAACACAUACCGCCAACUAGACACAACCCUGGACGGAUGGCUGCAAAGUCUUCCCGGGGAAUACAGCCGCCUAUCUGCCCUCUGCCACACCGACCCCGCCAGUCGCGUUGCCAACUGGUUUAUUCUGCACAGCGCCUACGUCGUCGCGGUUGUGCGACUCCACUCACCUGCCGCCUACCCCGUGGCGCAAUCGCAUCUUCUCGUUCCCUCAGACUACGCCAUGCAGCGGUGCAUUUCCGCCGUGAAGAGUCUAGGUGGCAUCGUGGAGGACGUGCGUGCCGGCGAUGGAUUGGAUCUUCUUGGGCCUCUUUUCGCCUCGUCCCUCUGGAUAGCCGCUCGAGUGCUCCUUGUUCAUGCCGCCACGCUCGGGGAACCAGUUGAUCCUACGAUUGAUCUAUUUGUCGCUACGCUUGAAGACAUGGGGAGGCACUGGAGCGUGGCAAGUCGUUACGCCGAGGUUCUCUCGCGGGUGGUCCGCAGCGGGAGGCAAGGGAACGGGUCUUGGGCGGCUAUGAGGAGGAGCGCGCAUGAUUUGGUUAAUCUCACGGCGGCGAGGCGGGAGUCCGGCUUGGGACUGAUGUCUACGCAAAUAGCGACGCAAUGGGAGCUGGAUAAUAUCGAGGUGUUUGCCUUUUUCAAUUAUCCGAGGCACAGAUAG